AUGGGCGCCACCACCACUCAAACCAUGACACAAGCCAAUGGGUCCAAUAUGGACCCUGCGGAGGAACUCGUGCAGAGUGCGCUCAAAGUCAACACCAAACCACUUUGGACACAGAUGGCCAGGUUGAACCCUCCGGAGCCCAAUCCUCAAUGUAUCCCGUACAUCUGGCGAUACGACGAGGUCAGACCCAGUCUCCUGAAGGCAGGAGAAAUCAUCACCGAACAACAAGCAGAGAGACGAGUGUUGAUGCUCGUCAACCCUGCCAGAGAUGCCCCAUACACCACCGACACCUUGUACGCCGGCCUCCAGUUGGUGAUGCCCAACGAGACGGCCAAGGCACACCGACACACUGCCUUUGCCAUGCGUUUCAUCAUCGAGGGACAAGGAGGUUUCACCGCCGUCCACGGCCGCCGCAUCACCAUGCAACGGGGCGAUGUCAUCCUCACACCGACGUGGAACUGGCACGACCACGGCAAGGACGGCUCAGGCCCCAUGAUUUGGCUGGACGGGCUGGAUCUGCCCAACUUUAGACACUUCCCCGUGCACUUCGUCGAGCACUUCCAAAAGCCGAGAUACCCUGCUGAGGAUGUGGACUCGAACGACUCACCCAUCGUCUUUCCCUGGAAGGUGAUGCAGCAGAAACUGGACGAGAAGAAAGGUGACUGGACCUCGGAAGAUUACUUGAAGAAGGACGGAAGACCUGUGUCGAAAAUCCUAGGCGGCUCAGCCGAGCGUUUGAACGCAGGAUGUACUUCCCCGGCCGUACGGGAGACCGCGUCCUCGGUGUAUCAUAUCGUGACUGGAAAGGGGUACAGUGUCGUCAACGGCCAGCGUAUCCAGUGGAAGCAAGGUGAUACUUUUUGUGUCCCGGCGUGGAACAAAUAUCAACACACUGCUGAAGGUGAUGAAACGGUUUAUUUGUACAGAUUCCACGACAAGCCAAUGUUGACGUCGCUUGGAUUUUACCGUGUCGAGGGAUGUGAUGUCGAGAGCCUGGUGUCUGAUUAG